AUGGGUGGUGCUUCAGCUUUAUCCACGGGUUUCGAUGGGAUUGUCAAACCUGAGAUUAUCAGCUGGGCGCCGCGAAUCAUUGUCCUACAUGAUUUCUUAAGUUCUGAGGAAUGUGAUCACCUUAUAGAAAUUGCCAGGCCUCGCCUCCAGCCUACGAAGGUACAGGACGCAGAAACAGGCAAGAUAAUUAAGAGUGACAAUAGGACAAGUUUUGGUAAAUUUUUAAGCAAACAAGAGAGUAAGAAUCCUAUUGUACAGGCAAUUGAAAGACGAAUUUCAGUGUUCUCUCAAGUACCAGUAGAAAAUGGAGAGCCUAUGCAAGUUUUUAGGUAUGAAAAGAAUCAAUUCUUCAAGCUGCAUCACGACUACUUUUCUGACACUUCCAACUUGAAGCAAGGAGGUCAGCGAAUAGCAACAAUGCUCAUGUAUUUGAGCGACAAUGUGGAAGGAGGAGAAACUUACUUUCCCAUGGCUGGAACAGGAAAAUGUAGUUGUGCUGGGAAAAUGAAAAGGGGGUUGUCUGUGAAACCGAUUAAAGGAGAUGCAAUUCUUUUCUGGAGCAUGGGACUUGAUGGCAAGGAAGAUCCAAGAAGUAUACAUGCAGGAUGUGAAGUCUUAUCAGGAGAGAAAUGGUCUGCUACGAAAUGGAUGAGGCGAAAUAAACACAACUAA